GAACAUGCUGAUGAUUUAAAAUAACCGUUAAUGGUUGAUAUUGACCAACUUAUAUAAUCAUGCAGGAAGAAAAUUAUUAUUUUUCUAAAGCGUUUAAAUAUCAAAAUGGGUUUUUAUUUUGUGAAAAUGUAUCUGUAGGUGAAAUAAAAGUGUGGCUUAAAAAUCAAGGAAUAGCUCGUGUAACGCCUGCUUUCGUGUAUAGCAAGUCACAAAUAGAAGAAAAUGUGCUCAGCUACCAAAAUGCCUUGAGUGCUUUAAAAAGGAAUACCCAGUUGAAUUACGCCUUGAAGGCGAACUUUAACCCAAGUUUAGUGAGGAUUAUUAAAAGUCUUGGGUGUUCGUUAACUUUGGUAAGUGGCUUUGAACUUGAACUGUCGUUAAAGCUAGGUUUCCAACCUGAGAAUAUUGUGCUGAAUGGUAAUGGAAAGGAAUUAUGGGAAAUUGAGCUUGCUGUGCGCAAUGGGUGUCUCCUCAACAUCGAUGGUAUGUUCAACGCGACGCAGACGACAUCUGUAUGUAGAAAACUCCAGAAAAAAGCAAGGAUUCUGCUGAGGAUUAACCCAAACAUAGAUCCUAUGGUUCACAAAUACAACUCGACAGGAAUUGGGGGAUCUAAAUUCGGUAUUCAGAAAGAAGACUUGAAUGAUGUCCUCAGAGAGAUCGAGUCUGAACCUUUGCUACAACUUGUUGGUAUUCAUUGCCAUCUAGGGUCAACCAUCACAGACAUUGGAAUUUUCCGAGAGUGCACCGAGAUGAUGUCGCAGCUUUUUUCUAAUCUGAAGAACGAGGGAUUCGAACACAUGAAGUACAUCAACCUAGGAGGUGGACUUGGCAUAGACUACACAAAGCAUAUUGCUAUGACAACGGAUCCAGAAACAAUUAACGGCAUGGAAACAAAACCGCUCGUAAUACCGACACCAGCAGACGUUGUAAAGGUCAUUGACGAAGUACUAGGGGAUAAAGAUAUUUCCCUCAUACUCGAACCUGGCCGAUCACUUAUUGCCAACGCUGGUAUUCUCCUUACCUCAGUUCUUGGAGUCAAGAAAAGUGAACCAAAACGAUACAUCGUAGUGGACGGGUCAAUGACUGAAGUUAUAAGGCCAGCGUUAUACAGUGCUUACCAUCAUGUCGAUAUCUGUGAACCAUCACAAGUAGAGGACGCUCACAAAAUGUUAUAUGAUGUUGUUGGACCAGUCUGCGAGAGUGGCGACUUUCUCGGAAAGGAUCGAUAUUUGACAACGCCACACGAAGGUUGCACACUGGCGGUGUUUGAUGCGGGCGCAUACUGCUCAUCAAUGGGAUCUAACUAUAACAUGAGGGCAAGACCGGCUGAAGUUUUGGUGAAUGGAAACAAACUCGAACUGAUUCGACGUCCAGACAGCCUCGAUGACAUUCUCGGCCCCUAUAAUGUUUAAAUAUGUCAUUAUAUGUUGUCAUAUGUAUUAGUUAACACCCAUGACGGGUAGAUUUUCAAAAAUGACUCACUAAUGAUUUUGAAAAUGUACAUUACAAAAAAUUUCGGAAAUCGGGCUGUUAAUACAAAUUAAGCAUAUGGUCUAGAUGUCACUCGAUCUGGAUCCGUAUGAUGGUUAAUUGAUUUAUUAAUAUGUGUUUAAUAUUACUUAAUACGUAUGAACAUUUUUACUUUACUAACUAUUGCAAUAUCGUUUAAAUAUGUUUUUUAUUUUCUGUAUGUAAGCGUAGAACUGUACAUUACAAAAUAUUUACAAUAAAGUUUGUAGAAAAACUCGA